UUUUCGCAAAAAGAAGUCUACGAUGUAGUUUCGAAUGUAAAAGAUUAUCACCUCUUUGUCCCAUUUUGCAAUGCAUCCCAUGUCUAUUCAUCUACACCUUUGGGUACCACUGGAACAUAUAUCAUGAAGGCAGAAUUAGGGGUUGGAUUUAAAUUAUUUGAAGAAAAAUACAUGUCGCAAGUAACCUGUAAAGAACCUAUAAUGGUCCAGGCUAUUGCGGCAGAUUCAUCUUUGUUCAAAGAACUAGUUACCACAUGGAAGUUUACACCUUAUACUUAUCCUUCGGGUAAUCUUCAGGCAACACAACCACCAGCUUGCUAUGUAGAUUUUGAUAUUACUUUUGAGUUUGCAUCACCGAUCCAUGCCCAGGCAUCUUCCGUCUUUUUCGAUCAGAUCUCAAAGAUGAUGCUAGGUGCAUUUGUAGGUCGAUGUGAGAAUGUCUAUAGAAGACGGGCAUCUUCCCACUAG